CACGCCUCAGAAAGCUCAGCGCGGAUCACGCACAGUCACGCACGGAUACGCACAGAGCGCGCGGGAUGCGUGCAAUCUGACCAACAGCGGCUUGCCACAACAGAGAAUCAGCAUCAUGACCAGGUCUGUGCAGGAGGAGCAGGAGUCUGUGCAGUCGGAGGAGCAGCAGGAUCUUCACAGCCCCAUGGAAGGAGGGGGAGAAGGAGAAGGCGAAGAAGAGGAGGACGGCCUCCACCAUCUGGAGGAGGACGAAGAGGAGGACGAUGAGGAGGAAGAGGAGGACGACGGCGAGAACAAACCCAAGAGGCGAGGGCCGAAGAAGAAGAAGAUGACGAAGGCUCGUGUUCAGAGGUUUAAGGUCCGUCGGAUGAAGGCGAACGCCCGCGAGAGGAACCGCAUGCACGGGCUGAACGACGCUCUGGAGUGUCUGCGGAAAAUUGUCCCUUGCUACUCCAAAACCCAGAAACUGUCCAAGAUCGAGACGCUGCGCCUCGCCAAGAACUACAUCUGGGCCCUGAGCGAGGUGCUGCGCUCCGGCAAGGCCCCCGACCUCAUGAGUUUCGUCCAGGCGCUCUGCAAAGGUCUGUCUCAGCCGACCACCAACCUGGUGGCGGGCUGCCUGCAGCUGAAUCCCCGAACGUUCCUGCCGGAGCAGACGCCCGACCUGCCGGUCCACCUCCCCCCGGCCGGCGCCGCCCCCUACCCCGGACACUACUCCUACCAGAGCCCGGGGCUGACGGCCGGCCUGCCCAGCCCGCCCUACGGCACCAUGGAGCCGUCCCACGCCUUCCACCAGGUCAAAGGUCAGCCCUACGGCCCGCCGGAGCCCUUCUUCGACGGCGUGCUGGUGUCGGACGGCCCGGCGUUCGACCCGCCCCUCAGCCCGCCGCUCAGCAUCAACGGGAACUUCUCGUCCUUCAAGCACGAGGCCGCCGCGGCCGCCGACUACGACAAGAGCUUCUCCUUCAGCGCGCACUACGGGGGAGCGGGAGCAGCCGGCGGCGGCGGCGGGCACCCCGCCAUCUAUGGUGGCGGCGGGCCCAACCCGCGGUGCAGCGAGCUGCAGGUGGACGGGCUGAUGGGCUUAGACGGACACACGCACCACGAGCGGAUGAUGAACGCCCAGCUGAACGCCAUCUUCCACGACUCCUGAGGAGGAGGGCGACGAAAGACCGAGAGGCCGACGAAGACUGGGAGACACACAGAGAGACGGACAGUUCUAUGCAUGGCUAUCGUUUCAUAGCUGUCCUUCUCUCUGUCUUUCUGCUCCCCUCCUCCUCCUCCUCCUCCUCUUCCUCCCGAGGGCGGCGAUGGUGACGGCGAUGACACGGUCACGCUGAUGAUGUAACCUUCUCUGUCGCGCUCCGUGUCGCAGGAGACGCUCUCUGAAUGUCUCGUUAUUAUGCUUAUUAUCACUUAAAAAUAAUCAAUAAUCAAUGAGCAAUAAUCUGGAGUUAACUAUGCAAUUGUGUUCAAACCUGAGCGACGCUCAGUUGAUAAUUCCAAAUGUUGAAAGAAUAAAGAUUUCUCUAUUUUUGGGUGUGUACGGCGGCUCCGAGCCGGGGGGUUCGGGGCCGAAAUGUUCCUGUUGUUCAUGUGGUUUUUACAUUUUGCUUUUUAUAACGUUCUUGUAGCGUUCUGUUAACUCUUCAUGUGACUCUUGUUCAUAUUUUAUAAGAUAGAUGUUUAUAAAGGCCUUUCAUUAAAAGGAAUUCCAUGUGAUUCAA